UGGAACUUCCCAUAGGAAUUUCCACUUUUCUUGAUUAACCAAACACUUUUUAGAAUUUCCUAACAAGUUCAAUUUUAUGGGAAAUCAAAUUUUCAAGAAUUUGCGAUUCAUACGUUCAACCUAACAAGCCUCAAGUAUUUAUCUUUAUUUUUAAUUUUUUUGGUUUUUUAUUUUAUCGAACUCUUGCUCUCAAUUUUCUCCUUCGCUUCGUUACUUCAUCUCAGGAGCUCUCUCUUUCUCUCUCUAAAAUCUCUGAAUUUCCCCCUAAAAUCCUAAAUCAAAGCUCCAUUCCUCGAAAACCCAGAUGUUCAAAGUUCAAUCAAUUUUGAAAUCCCCAAUUUUCGAUUGAUUUUAAUAAACAAAGAAUCAUUCUUUUUUGAAAAAAUGGGGGUUUCGUUCAAAAUCUCUAAGAGAGGAACCAAGUUUAAGCCGAAGCCUGUGAUCUCCGAGUCAACUCUCGCCAUUGAUGACGGUGAACACUCUCUCGAAACUUCUAGAAUUCCCUCCAAACACGAUUCUGAUCAGAAAGAUGAAGAUGCAGUUGGUCUCUCGGGUUCAUCUCUGUCAUCAGAAAGGCAUCAUAUUUCUGCUGAAGGUGAAGUUUCUUUCAUUCUGAAUCUCUACCCUGAUGGAUAUUCAAUUGGAAAGCCCUCAGAGAAUGAUAGCGGGCUUCAUGCUGGAUUUCAAGAAGGUUCAAAGAUAUUACAUCCCUAUGACCGGACCUCAGAAGUUCUAUUCACAGCUAUUGAGUCCGGUCGGUUGCCUGGAAGUAUUUUGGAGGAUAUACCAUGCAAGUUUAACGAAGGUGCACUCACAUGUGAGGUUCGCGAUUACCGAAAAGGCAUGUCUGAUUCAACAUCCAAUGUUCCAUCAAGUAAUGGACCUGCAACUAUCAAUAAGGUGCACUUAAAGAUGUCCUUGGAGAAUGUUGUGAAGGAUAUUCCGUUAAUGGCGGAUGAUUCUUGGACUUAUGGGGAUCUGAUGGAAGUAGAAUCGCGAAUACUAAAAGCACUGCAACCAAAGUUGUGUCUUGAUCCAGUGCCUAAGUUGGACAGGCUUUGCAAGAAUCCAGUUUCCUUGAAGCUUGACUUAGGUCUGAGGGGAUCACGAAAGAGGCGAAUGAGACAAAUUCCCGAGGUUACUGUUACAUCAAAUAAUCGACCACAUGGAAAGAAAAUUUGCAUAGAUAGGGCACCUGAAAGCUCAAGCUACAGGAUUGGAGAGGUGGGGCCAACAUCAGGUGAUUUGAUGUCUCAGCAUAUCCAAGAUAAUGUUUCUGUUCAAGGGUUAGGGAAUCAGAGAAAUAUGCAUGAUCCUGUUUCGAAUGCAAUAGGAGCCUCACCUGCUGGUCAAGAUAUGCCAAUAUCAUAUGCUGAUAUGAGCACAUCUGUUCUUGGAAAAUUAGAAGGUCAAGAAGUGCAGUUGUCACAAUAUUCCAAUCUUAGUAAGAGGGCAAGGGUUGGAUCUGUUGGUCCUGAUGGUGUUCAGCACCAACAAAUUGGUUCUUUUAUGGAUGGCCUUCAAGCAUCAGAUGUGCAAUGGAGGAAUCAAUUUAUGCAACAACCACCAAAUGCAAGAGGAAUCCAGUAUCCUAAUGCUGUCUUGCAAAGAUAUCCUCAGCUAGGUGGUGAGGGGAUUAACAAUCAGGAUGGUGUGAAACUAGAGAAGGCAGAUCCCAAUGUAGUCAAAACUGAUAUGCAGAUGAUGGAAGCCGAAAAUGGUCACAUAGACCCGAGACUCCAACAAAGGUUUCAGCAACAUCCGCUCUUGAGGUCAACUAUUCAACAGGCGAGCUGGAAUAAUCUCAGCCAGCAAGUUGAGAAAGAUUUUAAAAAGGAAGAACAAUUUCCAAAGAGGAAAUCGAUUCAGAGUCCGCGUUUUUCUGCUGGUGCUGUACCUCAGUCACCAUUAACUGCCAAAUAUUCUGAGAUGUCUUGUAAUUCAAUGGGGACACCGUAUGGGGCAAUUCCUUCAGCUGCUACCCUUGGACAAUUGCAAAGAGAAAAAUCAGCUGUGACAUCAAUUCCAGCAGGUUAUAGUACGUCAAUAACAUCAAGUGCCAAUGAUUCCAUGCAAUCCCAACAUCAGGCACAACUUGCUGCAAAGAGAAGAUCAAAUUCCCUUCCUAAGACCCCAGUAAUAAGUGGAGUUGGUUCUCCUGUCAGUGUCAAUAAUAUGGGAGGUCCAAUGAAUGCAUCUAGCCCGUCUGUUAGCACCCCACAACUAGGUGACCAAAACAUGCUUGAGAAAUUUGCAAAGAUUGAGGUGGUAGCUAUGAGGCACCAACUGAAUCGUAAAAAGAAUAAAGUUGAUGAAUACCCUAGGAGGUCUCGACCAUCUUCCUCACAGGAACUCCAGCUCUGUCUUUCUAAUGCUUCCAACUAUGAAUACUCAAAGGAUGAAAUAUCAACAAGCUUGUCAAAGUCACUGGUUGGCGGGAGCAUGAAUGCAUGCAAGAUAAGGAUUGUUACUGUGCAGCCACAAGCAAAUAUGCUUUCUGUCCCUGUAAGGACAAGACUAAUCUUGUCCGAGAAGCCAAAUGAUGGCACUGUAGCAAUGCAUUAUGGAGACUUGGAAGUUGCGGAUUGUCUCAAUGCAGAAGAUCACCUGCCUGCACUACCUAAUACUCAUUUGGCAGAUUUGCUUGCAGUGCAGUUUUGUGCUUUGAUGAAUCGUGAGGGCUACUUCACAGAUGAUCAAGUCCAACUUCGACCACCUCGUAAUACUGUUCCUUCAAACAGUCAACCUAAUGCACCUGCAGUCACUCCUAAUAAUUCAGUGGCUGAUAUGCAGCAUCCAGAAUCAGGUUCUGGGCAGCAAACAGCUAUGGAAACCAAGCCAAACAUUGCCUACUCGUCUCUGAAUCCAACCUCAAAUACCCUGCCUAACUCUGGGAUGCUCCCUCCUGGAAAUUCACAAGCCUUGCAGUUAUCUCAGGCACAUUUGUCAGGGGUCACAAUGCCUCCUAGACCACAACAGAUUGACCCGCAGCAGCCACUUCAGCAGCAACAACAGCCACUUCAGCAGCAACAACAACCACUUCAGCAGCAACAACAACCACUUCAGCAGCAACAACAGCCACAGCAAUUGCCACUUCAGAAUCAAAUGUCUUUGAUGUCACAACCGCAAUCUCAGUUCCAACGUUCUCCCCUCAUGUUGCCAACAAAUACAAUGCCGCAAUUGAAUGCAUUUGGGCAGGGUGCGAAUAUGCCAUUGGGUAAUCACAUAGGUAAUAAGCCUUCUCCUCUGCAACUUCUGCAGCAGCAGCCGCAGUCCCAGUCCCAGUCCCAAUCCCAGGCCCAGACCCAGAUGCAACGCAGGAUGAUGAUGGGGCUUGGGCCUGCUAUGGGUAUGGGGAACAUUGGCAACAUGGGCCUUGGAGGGUUGGGUAAUGUCAUGGGGAUUGGUGGAGCAAGAGGAAUGAGCGCAUCUGGAAUUUCUGCUCCGGUAGGUCCCAUUUCAGGGAUUGGGGGCAACAUGGGUCAGAACCCAUUGAACAUGAGCCAGGCAAAUGCGAUAAGCCAGCACCUUCGUGCUGGAACUUUCACCCCUCAGCAAGCUCAUGCUGCCCUCCUUGCUCAACGUUUGAAGAUGAUGCAAAGCAGAGGCAUGAUGGGAGGAACUCAAUCUGGGAUGACUGGUAUGCCAGGUGGGACCCGGCAAGUGCAGCCAGGCCCUGCUGGGAUCUCUAUGCUGAACCAAUCUUUGAAUAGAGGAAACAUCAGCCAAAUGCAGCGGACUGCAAUGGGCCAGAUGGGCAUGGCCAAAUUAAUGCCAGGAAUGAAUGCUCCUAUGACUCAGCAGCAGCAGCACUUGCAGUUCCAACAUAUGCAGCAGCAGCAGCAGCAGCAGCAGCAGCAGCAACAACAACAACAACAGUUGCAGCAGCAGCAGCAGCAGCAGCAGCCACAACAACAGCAGCCACAACAACCGCAGCCACAACUGCAGCAGCAGAUACCCCAGCAAGAGGCCACAUCCCCUCUCCAGGCUGUGGUUUCUCCCCCGCAGGUGGGUUCACCUUCAACACUUGGUAUCCCCCAGCAAAUGAAUCAACAGGUUGCCCAACAGCAGGCCAGCCCACAGCAAAUGGGGCAACGGACUCCAAUGAGCCCACCAUUGAGUUCUGGGCCCAUGCAUCCGAUGAGUACUGGUAACCCAGAGGCGUGCCCUGCGAGCCCAGCAUUAAGCUCUCAAACUUUAGGCUCUGUUGGGAGCAUCACAAAUUCUUCUAUGGACUUGCAAGGAGUGAACAAGAGCAACUCUGUUACAAAUACGUAGUUGAAGCAUUUUAAUAUGCUGAUUAAGUUGCUGUGUAUUAACAAAUUGUUGUCUAUCUUGAGUAAUGUUAGUUUGACUUAACCUAGAGCUCCUAGGAGUAUCCCGCAUCUUUAGCAGAUGCCUGGUAGGGAAUCUGUAUAAAGCAUUUUUCACUUCUUCAUUGUUGUUUUUUGGUUAAUUGUAAAUUAUUUGUUCAGUGAUAGUU